CCUCCAUAGCCGGCCCGGCCCCGAACUCCGCUCCGCCGGCGAGGAUGCGGACAGCGGCGAGCGCCCGCGGCUCUGCGCUGCUGCUGCUGCUGCUGUUGCUGGUGCUGCUUUGCCCGGCGCUGAGCUUCCCGGCCGAGCAGCCCGGUUUUCAGUCACUUUCUCAUCUGUCUUCCUACGAAAUUAUUGUCCCCAAGAGGAUAGAAAAAGAACAAGAAAGAGAACAGGCCCAACAUUUAGAGGACCAGUUAUCAUUCAGGGUUACAGUUGAAGGAAAACCAUAUACCAUUCAUUUAAGAAGGCACAACGAUCUGGUGUCCCAAGACUUCAGAAUUUACACCUACGAUGAAAGUGGAAAGCUGAAAACAGAAACUCCAGAUCUUCAGAACCACUGCCACUACCAGGGAUAUGUCGAAGGCGACUCAAGUUCUAUAGUUGCAGUCAGCACCUGCUUCGGGCUCAGGGGCUUGGUGCAGAUCCAGGACAUCCCCUAUGGAAUUGAGCCCAUCAACAACACGUUGCGCCAUGCUGUUUACCGGAUGGAGAACGUGAAAAAAGCACCCGGGAACUGCGGCGUCUCUCAUCCGGACAGGAAGUGGGAAAGCGGAGAUGUUCAGCGCCAUCAGAAUGCAUCUCUAAUGGCGAGAAGGAAAAGAAGCGUUCUUCAACAGACGAGAUAUGUGGAGCUCUUCAUUGUCGUAGACAAAGAAAGGUACAAUUUGUUAGGCCAGAAUAAGACGGCAGUCAGAGAAGAGAUGGUGCAGCUGGCAAACUUUCUGGAUAGUAUCUACAUCAUGCUGAACAUCCGCAUCGUGUUGGUCGGCCUGGAGAUCUGGACGUCCGAAAACAAGAUCCGGAUGGAAGGAGGCGCCGGAGAUGUCCUGGCCAAUUUCGUGCAGUGGAGGGAGCGGGAACUGGUUCCCCGCCGACGGCACGACAGCGCCCAGCUUGUUCUGAGGAAGGGUUUUGGUGGCACAGCUGGGAUGGCUUACGUGGGCACCGUGUGCUCCAACAGUCACUCUGGAGGCAUUAAUGUGUUUGGACCCAACAGCUUGCAGGCGUUUGCAUCCAUCGUCGCUCAUGAGCUUGGCCACAAUCUGGGCAUGAACCACGACAACGAUAGAAACUGUCACUGUGAAACAGGGAACUGCAUUAUGAACUCUGGAGCAUCAGGUGCCAGGAAUUUCAGCACGUGCAGCGAGGAAGACUUUGAAAAGCUAACCCUAAACAAGGGCGGGAGCUGCCUCCUCAACAUCCCCAGGCCUGAUGAGACCUACAGCAUCCCAUACUGUGGCAACAAGCUUGUGGAUGCAGGAGAAGAGUGUGACUGUGGGUCAGUGGAGGAAUGUAAAACUGAUCCUUGCUGUGAGGCAGGAACUUGCAGGCUUCGCUCAGGAUCUGGCUGCGGCUACGGAGAUUGCUGCAAAGAUUGUCAGUAUCUUUCCAAGGGCACCGUGUGCCGUGAGAAAGCCAGCGAGUGCGACCUCCCUGAGUACUGUAAUGGGUCUUCGGCCUUCUGCCCGCAGGAUGUCACUAUCCAGAACGGGCACCCUUGCCACCAAGACAAGGCCUACUGUUACGAUGGCGUUUGCCAGGAUUAUGAGUUGCAGUGCCAGAAUAUCUUUGGACCACUUCGCCUAAAUAUUACAUUUCUUUCUCUCACACAGGUGUGCAACAGCAAUAAAAAUUGCCAUUGCAGUUCGGAUUGGGCUCCUCCCUACUGUGAUUCUCCUGGAUAUGGGGGCAGUAUAGACAGUGGACCUACAUACAACGACAAUGUGGCUGCCCGAAACUGGAUCCUGGCAUUUGUGUUUAUAGCUCUUGCCAUCGUGAUAGUUGUACUCAUUCUUUAUAUUACCAAAAAUAAAAGAACUCCUUUCUGGUUGCCACUCAUGGACACCUGUUGCAGAUGCUUCCGCAGGUCGGAUAUUGGUAGGCAGCAGGUGGCUCGAACCGAAUGUCCACGCAACUUUCCAUAUUCUUCCAGAAGUGCAGCAUCAUCUGCGGUAGUGUCGUCCAUGGACCAACAGGGUGUCCCGCCAAGGCCUCCACCCCCAGUGGUGAAAACUUCAAGGGCAUCGGAACAGCUUUUCCCCUCCCGACCGGCACCUUUGCCCCCUAUAUAAAACGUCUUCAUUUACCUCUUGAAAGCCUGCACCCCCUCCUACUCCUUAAGACCCAGCUGCCUCAACUGUCCAUCAAACGACUCUGGAAACCAUCUUUUAUUCCUUGGUGCCGGAAUAAGAGGAAACGAAACGCGGAGGCGACCACGAAACGCAAAGAAAACCAAGGAAUGUAAACUCCUAUAAAAUACCUCUCUUCCGGGAUCUCAAAUCACUGAGAUUGUCAAAAAACGACAUUUGGGCUGCAUUGCUGGGCCAUGUCAGCUUGAACCAGGAACAAUGGUUUUGGAUCCAAGGGCCUCUUCCUUCUUUUGACGGUUAGAUUUAAUGGUUCUGACCCAGCCUUAGCAGAAGCAAGAAACAGACUCCUUGUUCCGAAAAACCCCUUUUGAUUUACCUCUUGUGAAUUAAUGGCAUUCACCCACCAAAAGGUCCAGGGAAUAGUCCUUCCAAGAGUUAACGGCAGCAACAGACCUUAUCCGUUCCUUGCGACAAUUACAAGGCCAGUAAAACUGCAAAUUAAGUUCUGGAAGCAGUCUCUGAGGCAUGAAACACGAUGAGCCAAAUCUACAGAAAUCCAAACUAUUGUCUCCUGCAACCACCACUCCCCUUUCCUUCUAUUUAUUCCCCAGCCAGGGAGGGGCCAUUCAACAUCCACGUGUGCUUUGCUUCCCGGGGUCGACUCCCUGACCUCUGUUGUUUCCCCUCUCCUAACAGCUCUGCGCAUACGCGCGUCUGGAACAGGCUUCAGCUGUUCUUCCUCCUCACUCAUCUCAGUCUCCGACGGCAGGUGCCUUUCUGUGGCUGGUAAAUGUCGGACGGCCCCGGCUCUGUAUCUGCGUCGGACGCAGAGCAUCUAUCAGAGCCUUUCCCAGACUCCAGCAUCGGCCCAAAUUCCUCCCCGACCUCCUCAUUGUCCAAUUCAUCGUCCACAACAUUAAUCAGGUGAUACUUGACGCAUACAAUCCCACCCACCCUCCCGCUAAUCCCUUGAGGGGUUUUUUCCCUCCAGAAAAUGAAAUAAGUCGAGGGAAGAGGAGGCCUAACUAUUUUUAAGGCCCAGUAAAAUUGAUCAAGAAGCCUGCUUCCAUUUCACUAAAACCUACUUUACAGUCCCGGAAAGCGUCAUUAUGGGAAGCAAAUGUAGUUCAACUUGAUUUGUUGGGGGGGGGAGGAAUCAGGUGUGCACAGCCCUAAUUGUGGGGUGCAGGGUCCUGUCCUUUCACACCUUGUGCCUUGGGAGUAUCGGAUGCAAACAAACAGGUGUGUCUCAAGGUGCGUGUGGCACUUGAAACGAUGGACGGCUUAAAAAAUUUAAGGCUUGCACGUCGUAUGCUUUGGGUGUGCAGCUGUCCUUCAAAAUACAGGCUGGCAAGUUCUUCCUGGGGCAAGUUUGACAGCUGCACUUUCCCUGAAAAGUUAUAUCACCUGUCUUCACCUGUAGUUCUGAGCUUUGGUCCAAGGUCCAACCCAGGAACAGGAGCAACUUUUAAAAUUGCUUUUUGCGUGGAUUGGGAGUUUCUUACCUGAAAAUGCAGGAAGCUAAAGACACCUGAGAAAAUGUGAAGCAUCAUGGCCGUGCAACUGUAUCCUUCCCUGCUUCGAAGCCAGACCCACUGAAUUCAAUGGGACUUUUGUUCAGUGGGUGUAUGAUGACAAGCUUAAUCCAAGCAGGCUACCAGCCAAGGGCUGUUCUUGAUUGUUCACUGCUAACACUGACAUUGUUUUCUUUUUUUUAAAUGAAACAAGAGAGAAGAAUUGGCAGGAAAACAGGAGAUUAUAAUCAAUAGAAGACGAUCCAUCAUCCUACUCAGGGGUGUGUGUAUA